GUCAGUGGAAGCUAGCAAGGCUGCUAACUUACCUACCACGUUAUUUUGGGAUAUUUUGAAUGAUCUUUUACAAUUGUUUCACACUCUAUCGUUUUUAUUGCUAUCACUGGACUUAAACUAAGCUCGAAUAACUAGAUGCGUGAAAAAUCCUCGUUUAAUAGCGUGUUUUUGUUGAGCUGUGGCCAGAGUUAAAAUGCUAUAAGUGGCUAGCUUGUUGUUAGCUGCGGACAAAUCUGGUGCAGACAGGUUUUUGCUCUGCAGACACAGCUUCUCUUGUUUGGAAGUCAUUGUUCAUGGGCGGAAAGUUGUAUUGUAUGCAAGGACUGCAAACACCAUGCAGCUUUAUUACACAGCUUAUGAGUUUCUGCGAAUAUGCCAUGUUUUGAAUUAGGCUUUCGCAGCAUUAUGAAUUGAAACCAGUAACGUUGGAUCUGUUGCAUAUUAUCAAGGCUUAAAGUCAUCCGAAUGCAUUUUAUCUUAGAUUACCUUAUCGAUUGUAUUGUUAUAAGUGUUUUUACCGAUUUCGAGGUAUAAUAAUUGUUUAUUGGCAAAGGGUUAGACGUUUGUUUGUAUCAACAAACAUGGAUAAGAAAUCAUUUGAUAUAGUGUUGGAUGAGAUAAGAAAGUGCGUCCUGACUGAUCAGCGGAUCAAAGCCAUAGAGCAGGUGCAUGGAUAUUUCUCCAGUGAGCAGGUGAUGGAGAUACUGAAGUAUUUCUCCUGGGCAGAGCCACAGAUCAAAGCAGUUAAAGCUCUGCAGCAUAAAAUGGUUGCAAUCCCUACAACCAAAGUUGCAAAUAUCCUGAAUUGCUUCACCUUCUCAAAGGACAGACUGAUUGUGCUGGAACUUAUAGCUUUGAACAUUUCAGAUGCUCAAAAUUAUCGCCCUGUGGAGGAUCUCUUUCGCAUACACUUGUCUGAGAAGAAGCGGGCUCGCAGGAUACUGGAGCAAGUAUGUAAGGUUGGCUGCAAGGCUCCUGUAGCCAUGAUCUCCUCCUGUGGUAUGAUACCAGGCAAUCCAUAUCCUAAAGGCAGACCCAGCCUGGUCAGUGGGACGUUCCCUGGAAUCCCUCCAGUAAAGAAAGAAGGCGAGAAGAAAGACGACGCCUCUAACAAUCUUGAGGGGAAAGGAAUAUCGUCUCGUAUCAUUGGACCAUUCAAACCUUUUCCAUCAACCUACAACCCUCAUAGGCCUGUGCCCUACCCUAUCCCACCAUGCCGACCGCAUGCCACAAUUGCACCAAGUGCGUACAACAACGCAGGCCUUGUUUCUGUGGGAGGGGUUAUAACAACCAACGUGCCCCCUCCCCCCUACAACUCUACCCACAAAGUAGCAGGUUACGCCAAACCAGGCAAUCCACAGAACACCACACCUGGAGUGAACAGCGGGCCCCUCCUCAUUCCUCACGGCUCCACACCUUCUACCCCUGUCCCACCUCAGGCUUCUCCUGCUCAGCCACCUCCAACAACUCCUAUCACACCAGUUUUCCCCGGCAUGGUGCCCUCCCACAACCCUAAUGCCCCCUCUCCCUCCCCUGCUCCAUCCCCAUCUGUGAUCAAAGCAGGUCCACAGACCCCCAGUGGCCAUGCUACACCUACACCCUCAUCUGUCAUUAAAGCCCACACCCCUUCAGGCACUCCUUGUGGAACUCCCAUCCCCGGCAGCGGGGGCUUCUCCCCCUCCCCCUUCCAUGUUAUUUCCAGACCCGGCACCCCUGCUACCUCCCGGAGCGGCCCAGACCCCCUAUCUCAGACGAACUCCAUGGGCGUAAAUCAGCAGAGAGUUUUUUCCCAGUCUACAGACCACCAGUCAGGACCCACCCACCCUGGCAUACACCCACAAGCAGGUAACCCCUCUGGGUCAGUUAUAAGAAGUUACACCCCCUCUGGACCAUCCACACCAGGUAUUCCAAACUGUUCCACCCCAGGCCCCAGUCCCAAACCCUCCCCCUCUCACGCUGCACAGAUCCAGGCUGCCAUGGCUGGAGUCCUGAACAGACACACUGGGGGUAGUAACAGUGGCAGUAACAGCCCCGUGCCCUCGGCUUUCAAGGGCACCUCCCGCUCUGGCACACCCUCUGUUAGCUCUUUUGUGGGACCAGGUUCUGCCCAGGCUGCCCAGGCCGCCCUGGCACGUUCCUUGGGUCUGCCACACCACUCAGGUUCUCCUCAAGUCUCUCUCCCGAGUCCCGUAGCUCUCGCCGGCUUCCAAGGCCUGUCCUCCAGCCCAGCACCCUCUCAUUACCCUGGGCUGUCUCCCUUUUCCUCCCUUGCUUCCUCUCUCCCUCCUUCCUCCAUGCCUUCAUCCAUGGCCACAAUGCCUCCAACUUCAAACAUGUCCAACCAUCCACCAACCUCCAUCUACCCAGGCCUUGCCCCCAGUGCUGCCACCAGUGCAGGCUCCCCUUUUGGUCUGGGCCUAACCUCAGCCCCCUCUAUAUUCCCAGGCCUCCCGCCUGGUACUAAUCCCGCUGCCUUCCCAGGAUUGGGGGUUUCAGGAGGGCACGGUGCUGGGAGCCCUGUGUUGUCUUCAUUCAUGGGACUGCCGGGGGCCUCUUCAUCUUCAGUAGCAUCGGUGGCACCGCUGCAGGCUGCAGCAGCCGCAGCAGCAGCAGCAGCAGCUGGAGUGCCGUCAUCGUCGCCAGUCUUACCUGGCUUUGCAUCUGCUUUCAGCUCCAACUUCCAGCCUGGGUUGAGCAGUGGACUCCAGCCUCCAGGAAGCAGCGGCUUCCCCGGCUUGCUGUCCUUCCCUGGGGUACCAGGCUUCUCCCCGUCUGCCUCCCCCGCUGCGCUCGGCGGCCUCCACAACCCUAACAUGCAGUCUGCCCUUCUGCAGGCUCAUCCCUCAUCUGCUCUGGAGGGUUUUCCUCCUCAGCCCAACAGUUUCACCAACUACCCUCCAGGCCCAGGAAACCCCUUCCCCCUCCAGCCAGGCCUGCACCCCCAGUUGGGUUGGCAGUAAAACCCACAGCACUGUAGAGUAAACUGACACACCGACCACUAUCAUACACCCGGCAACACCCUUUAGCAGUUGACACGUUUUCUUAUAUGUCCUUGAACCCUGAAGAGCACAGGACCGAUUGGACAGUUUCAAUAUUGUGUUUGUCACAAUCAGAAUGACUUACUUGUACAAGAAACACUAUCAUGAAAAGAGUUAGCUUGUGGGAAGAGAGAUGGUAUAUUUCCUAUAUAAUUCAUAAUGAAGAGUUGUAAAUAUCAGUUGUCAAAGUUGUUAGGUUUUACAAGUAGACCGUGAAUGGUUUUAAUGUUAGCUGGACUUGGCUGUUUUUAAUCAAGUUUAUCAACAUUAAUUAGUGAAUAAUGAAUUAUAGAAAUGAAAUUGAAAAAUGUACAUGAUACCAUGUAAUGAAUUGACAGUAUGCUGUAUGUAGUAUUUCAUGGCCGGGCUCUGUGGAAGGGCCAUACGUAUGAUACCGACUGAUAGUCCUGAACUGAAUAUUGUAUUAUGACAUGAUGUUUUAAGGUGACUUAUGGUAUAUUAAGCGGUAUGGCACAGUCAUAUUUUUAAGUGAACACACCAUAGAUCAUUUUUAUUCCUCGUGCCAUGUCAAAGGUGGGAGUUUUGUAAUUAAAAAACUUCCAUCUACCAGUUUCACCCACAUUUCUGUUAUUUUCAGUAAACACACUUUUGUGGCGGUCAGCAGUUUACUGUGAUUCUCAUUUUACAUGUUUACAAAUUUAUAUUUUGACAGAUGUCGCCCUGUUAGUGCUAUUAUUACAGUAUUUGACCAGUUAUACUGUAUGCAGAUAUGCAAAUGUUGAUUAAUAAUAUGGACUUGAGAGAUAAAAUGGCUGUAUUCUUUGCAACGUAAUGAAAACUGUAACUGUACCUCAUUUACUGUACACCUCAGCGCACUCAGAGGCAGUUGAGAGUGAUAUACAUGCUGUUUCUUGCCCUGUGUUGUUUUGUCUGUUUUGCCCUUUUUUUGUAUUUGCACCAGUUUUAUUAUUUUGUCAGUAAACUGCAGGCUGCUGUA